AUGAGUUUUGAACAUUUAUCAAAUUUUGUCGAUCGAGUGAAUAAAACCUAUGACCGUAAACAAUUUACUCUGAUGCGAGAGAGGAUCAAAUACAAGGACGAUGAUGAUGAGGAUUUUGAUCAAUCUCCCUCACAAAAAACAUUCAUGUUUAUGGAAGAACGUAAAGAAAAGGGUUUAAUUUUGUCUCAUAAUCGGAGAGUGAUUAAUCAUAUAUUAUUAUAUUUGAUGGAUUUUUCAAUUUAUGAUGAUAAUGAAGUGGAAGUAAAAAAGAAAAAGAAGAAGAAAAAGGCUUCCGAAAAGAAAAUAUCUGAAGAAUUACUUUCAUUAAUUCUGGUGAACAAGCAAUGGUAUGAAUUAGUAUCUGCUCAUCAUCAAUUAUAUGAAUUGAUGAAGGAAGGUGUUGAAAAUUCCUUCUAUGGUAAGAAUCCACUCUGUUCAACAUCAUCAUUACUUUUGAAGAUUCCUUGCAAGUUUCAUUCAAUUUCAGGCGUAAAUCAGACAAAAAUUGUUUUGCAAGUUGAUACACAAAUUCCACUAUUUAUUUCAUGUUUCAAGAUUUAUUAUGAAAUUUUCAAGUAUAUUUAUGAAGAUUGUAAAAAUCAUUCAAUCAACCAGAGAAUGGACACUGAGCUGAGAGAAGUGUUUGAAAAUUCAACAGAUCGUAUCAAGAUGAUCAUGUCUUUGAAUUAUCAUCACGAUUUCCAAUUCUUUUUGAGAGAUUUGAAGAAUCACUUUUUGGAGAAGGGAUUUUGUGUUAUUUUCUGUCAUGGUGGUUCUUUCAGUGGUUGUGUGUUCCAGAAAAAUGGAAGAAAGCAAAAGAAUGCAGAGCCAAUGGUCGCCACUGUACACAAAACUUUCCACAAGUAUGUCACUAGAAAAAAGCAAGGAAAAAGACAAGUUUCCAAAGAUCAAAGUAAGAGAGCCAAGUCCGUUGGUAGUCAAAUUCGUAGAAUGCAAGAAGAACACUUUAAACUCAAGACAAGAAAGUACUUGACCAUGUGGUCUGAUUCUCUUUCAAAAAGAGACACUAUCAUUUUCCUAAAUGCUCCAGGUCCUUACAAUGAAUACACCUUAUUUAACAAGAAGAAGGAAGCUGGAACAGUACAAAUUCGCUCACCCCUAAUGAACUCUAACAGAAACGAUGAAGAUGAUGACGAAUCUAGAGCUGUCAAGAAUAAGGAAAACAAGUAUGAAGAAUUCAUUGACAAGAAGUACAUUUGUCCAUUUUCACAAUCUCAAUGCUUUACAAUGCCUUCUGUGAAAACAAUCAACUCGAGUAAUCCAAACCACAACUCAUGUAUUGAGGCUAAUGAUGAACUGCUUUCCAUUUACUUGCAUGAUUUGGAGGGUUUGAAAUCUUUACAAAAUAACACAACUCCCGAGCAGAUUCCAACCUUUGAUGAAGAUGACGAAGAUGAAGUUUACUCCAACGAUGAAGAUGAAGAAGAUGAAGACUAUGAUGAAUAAAUUAUUUCAUUCCUCUUC